CCACGCUGUGACUUCGUCUUCCGCUGAGUGGCUUGACCCAGCCAAUGACGUCACAGGUAGUUGUCCUUAUAAACAUUCGUCGCUCCAGCUGGGCGAGGAGUCCCCCUGUGCCCGCAAAGUAUUCGGCGGAACCGAAUCGACCCGGAAAUGUCUCCUCGGUCGACUGGACAAGUUUCGGGGAGAAAGAGCGGAUGUUAGCCAUGGACCGCUGGUUCUGUUCGGACUCUAUCAAGUAACGGGCGGACCGCGCCGACAUGAGAACACUUUUGGCGCCGCCGCUGCUGCUGUUGCUGCUCGGCACGCGUGCUGCCUUCACGGCCGCCAGGUCCUUGAACGCAGCGCGGCACCAACGAGUGGACCGAACCGCGUCAGAUAGAGACCUGAAGUGGUGGCGGUCCACCCUUGUGGAGAGGACGAGUCCCUUCGUGAUGGUGGAUGGGCAGAGGCGGAACCUGGCAGAGGCGCUGCAGGCCGGUCACCCAGAGCGACUGCAGUGUGGCUUGGAAGUCCGAGGUCAGCUGCUCCUUCUGGACCUGGAGAAGAACCGCGACUUCCUGCCCAAAGCGCCAAACAUCUUCUUCUACCUGCCAAACGGCACAGGCGUGUCCGCGACGGACGACCCCGUGAUGCACUGUUUUUACCAUGGCAACGUGCGAGGGUUUCCUCGCUCCAGAGUGGCACUGAGCACCUGCCUGGGUCUCCGCGGCGUCAUCGCCAUCAACGCCACUCUGAGUUUUGAGCUGCGGCCGCAAGAGCUCCGCCCCUUCAAGCAGGACGUGGCGAGCGAAGGCGAUGAAGGAGACGGAGACCACCUGCUGUACUCUACAGGUCACGUGAAGGGGGGGGCAGCGAGGGGGUGCGGGGUCUCGGUAGGCCCAGCACCCCCUCCCCUUCAGCACAGCAGUGUGGGACGCAGCAAGCGGGACAUCCUGUCGGAGACCAAGUACAUAGAACUGGUGCUGGUUGUGGACCACCAGGAGUUCAUCAACUACCAGAAGAACAACAGGACCAUCAUCUACCGCAUGCUGGACGUGGCCAACCAGGUGGACUGGUUCUACCGUCCUCUGAACGUGCGCGUGGCGUUGACGGGUUUGGAGAUCUGGAGCGACCGCGACAAGAUCCACGUGGAGAAGAACCCUACCGACACACUCAACAACUUCCUGGAGUGGCGGACCAGAGAGCUGCUUCCCCGCCUCCGCCACGACAACGCCCAGCUCGUCAUGGGCAGCGCCUUGGACGGCACCACGGUGGGCAUGGCGUCGCAGUCGUCCAUGUGCUCCAGAGACCGGUCGGGAGGGGUCAACGUGGAUCACCUGGUGAGCGUUCUGGGCGUGGCCUCCACGGUGGCCCACGAGCUGGGGCACAACCUUGGCAUGAGUCACGACACGGCCGAACGCCACUGCUCCUGCCGCAACGAUGCCCGGCUGGGGGGCUGCAUCAUGGAGCCCUCGACCGGGUUCAUGCCCGGGCAGCAGUUCAGCAGCUGCAGCGCGUCCGACCUGUCCGUCAGCCUGCUGCACGGGGGCGGCAUGUGCUUGUUCAACGUGCCGCACCCAGAUCGCCUCGUGGGCGGACCCCGCUGUGGGAACCUGUACGUGGAGCGUGGCGAGGAGUGCGACUGCGGCCUGAUGCAGGAGUGCCAGGACCCCUGUUGUAACGCGUCCACCUGUCUGCUGCUUCCCGGAGCUCAGUGCUCGUCCGACGGCGUCUGCUGCCACGACUGCCAGCUGCGGGCGGCGGGCUCCGUGUGCCGAGAGCCGAUCGGAGAGUGCGACUUGCCCGAGUUCUGCACGGGCUCCUCCCCCCACUGCCCCCCCAAUGUCUUCCUGCAGAACGGCGAGACCUGCGAGGACGGCGCAUCCUUCUGUUACGGCGGCGUGUGUGCGAGCAUGCGCGCGCAGUGCCAGACGCUGUGGGGACCCGACGCCAGCAGCGCACCUGCCGUUUGUUUCUCGUCAGUCAACAAACAAGGAAGCAAGUUCGGAAACUGCGGAGAGCUGAGCAACGGCACCCACGCCCCUUGCGGGUCGGCUGACGUGCACUGCGGCAGGAUCCAGUGUCAGGGCGGGAGGGAGCGCCCCCUGCUGGGCACCAACGCCGAGAUCCUCACCACCACCGUGCGCUUCAACCACAGCGACCUGGUGUGUCGCGGCACCUUCUUCCACCUGGGAGACGACGUGUCCGACCCCGCCUUCGUGGCGGAAGGCUCCGCCUGUGGCCGCGGGAAGGCCUGUCUGGACCACAAGUGUCGGGACGCGUCCGUCUUUGGCGUGGACGAGUGCCGCAGGAAGUGCAACGGUCACGGCGUGUGCAACAGCAACAACAACUGCCACUGCCAGGAGAGCUGGGCACCGCCCGAUUGCGCCAGCGCCGGGCACGGGGGCAGCGUGGACAGCGGACCUGCGCACGCCGUCGCAGAGUCCGAUCCAGUCCGAGUCGCCAUGCUGGUCCUCUUCCUCUUCAUCCUGCCCAUGGUCCUUCUCCUCCUUGCGCUACGCUUCACCCGCGCCCGUGGACUUUGGUCGCGUUUGCGAGUCCACAAGCUGUUUUCUAAAUCCACACAACACAACCGGACGCCAGCGACCGAGCGACAGAACGACGCGGACGUCGAGCAGGUGCGUCCGCUGAGAUACCAUGGCGACACGCUGACGGACAUCCCCGAGGCUCCGCCCCUCAUCCAGGUUUAUGACAGACCUGCUCCUCCCACUAAGCCACUCCCCUCGACCCCCGUAUUAACCCCCCCGCAGCCGCUAGUGAACCGGCCAGCUGCGCCCAAUAAGCCACUCCCCCCCGACCCUGUCUCACCUGGACAGGCUCCGCCCAAACCAGCACUGCCCAGAAAGCCCUUGGUGGUCCCGCCCCUCCCCCACAGAGCAGCACUUGGCGCCAACGCACCGCCAGCACAACGCUCUGCAGCGCUCGCUAACAGCCGACGCCCUCUUCCUCCGACACGACCCACAGCCCCGCCCAGACCGCCCCCUGCUGCCAGCGGGGGUGUAGUGCCUUUCUCUCACCGGCCUGGAAUCUUUUAAACGCGGGAGGUUUUUUUAUGUUUUUUUUUUAGUCCAGACGACUGGGAGCCACGCCCACUUCCUGUCCAGAGGCGGGAAAAGGAAAAAGAGGGACGAUCUGUGAGUGACGAUGUCACUUCAUGCUCCUUGACAAAAUAAAGUCAUGUGAUUACGUGCAUGUGGUCGUCUUGUGCGGCGGUCAAACGGGAAGUGAAAGAGGAAGUGGUGGAGCCUCUUCCUGCUGUCCGUCAGUCUGUUUUGCCAACAUUGCAGCUCCUUCUGACAAAACAUGGCGUCCUCAUCCGUCGCCAGGCUGGGUGGUCUGGUGAUCGUCACUCAGGUCAUCCCUCAGGAUCAAGCUUCUAUCCCGCUUCAGACGCCCAGAGGCAGCGCCGCGGAAGAGACCUCGACCCCUGUCUCCCCCUCCAAGACGGAGGAUGAUGUGCCCAAAGCGAACCUGGAGGGGGCGGUGCUGCUUGGCCUCGGGGUGGUCCAGGUGGUCAUCGGGCUGCUGUCUGUUCUUUUCAGCUUGACCGCCGCCUACCCGCCGUUCCUAACGCUCCACGUGGCGUUCUGCGGCGGCGUGUUGUUUGUGGUUUCGGGCUGGAUGGCAGCGUAAUCGAGGAGGCGGGUCUCGUCGGCACGGAUGUGGGCGUGUCUGGCGUUGAACGCUAUCAGCGUGCUGUUUAGCCUCGGAGGCAUGGCCUACCUGGGCUGGGUGUUGGCCUCCGGCCCCUUGUCUGAGCAAUUGUGCGAUGACCCCGACGAUGACCCCGACAGAGACAACUGGUGCGUCGGCCAACUAUGGCCGCUAGACGUGCUCGUGUCGGGCCUGCGAGGUUUCUUCCUGGUUCUGCUCAUCCUCCAGGCGUGUGUCGCCGUCGCCGCCUGCGUCCUCGCCACCAUGGGCAUCAGGCAACUCCACCACUACGUGCCCAUCACGGUGCCGAUUGAGGAGCACCGCUGUGACGGCAGGAAAGAGGAGGAGCCACAGUCCCCCUGAUAACAAAUUAUUGAUAAUUAAAUGAAUCAAUACCGUUA